UUGGAGUUUCUGCGGCUAUUUUGCGCUCUGACCCGAUUUGUGGGCCACCAGGGGACCCGGGGCGCCCGCCAGCCGCUGCGCGCUCUAGCUGUGACCCCGACAGCGGCUGCUGUGCGAAAAACCGGUAUUAAAAUGGCCCGCGGUGUGGCCCGCCGGUGACAAUAACCGAGACUUUCUAAGUUGCACGCAGCGACAUGGCUUCCCUCCUCCCUCCCACAUUAGCCCCGGCCACGGCGCCGCCCGCGGAACGCCAGCACUCGGCGCUUGUCCUAGAGGAGCGCUUGAGGGCCAUCGACGAGGGCGCCGCUCUAGAUGAUCGCGGCCUCGCCCCGAUCCAAGAAGCGUCGACGCCCUCGAACUCCGAAACUGGAAGUUCACGAAGUUUACCGUCGCACCAGGAGGACACGAAUCAAAGUGAAGGACUCCCGGAGCGCGAGGGGAGUCUGUGCCGGGGCUGCUUUGGGCGGGAAAAACCGGAGCCCCCCGCGGUCGACGCGCACGACCGGCCCCUCCGGAGAGAUAGGAGGGAGAUCCCGGAUGAUUUGGCCUCACUCCCGAUCCGGGAAGCGAAGGAACGGUUGCUCGAAGCCUUACGCGAGGACGACGAGCCGCGGAGCGCGGGCGUCGUCCAGCGCGCCUCCACAUUAGCUAGAGAGGCGUUGAAGGAUUCCCAGGGCGACUCGAAGACGGACCCCGCGAAGCAGGCUUGUGGGCGGUGGCGCGCUUUGACAAGGGCGGAGUUCCCCGGCGCCGUCGGCAAGAACGAGCGCGGCGAGUACGAGUACGCGCUCGGGCGCAUGUCCUUCGGUUUGUUCGACCCGGCGGAUGUCGUCGUCGCCGUCGAGGACUGCGCGAAUGUCAUCGAGGUGCCGCGGACGAGACCGGUGGUGCCCAAAGCUCUAGUGGACGCUCGUAUACGCGCUAGAAAGCCGCCCGUCGACGCUUCUGCUAUAAGGUCCUACGACGUCGAGACGCGGUUUGUGGUGAGCGACCGGCGAGGGGCUGGUUUGAGAGGCCGCUUGUUGACGAAGGGGUUUUGUGUGGCGGCGCCGCGCGGCGCCCAAGCCCCGGACGCCGGUUCUCGUUUAGACGUGUGGUUCGUCGGCGGCACGGUCGAACCCAUCUCCGACGACCCCGACCAGCUCCAGCGGUGGGAGGCGCUGUUCGGGGCCUCGGCGUUGCCGCCGCCGCCCUUACUGAAACGCGCGACGCGGUGGCUCCUGAAGGUGGCUUUAGGAAUUGAGCUCGCCCCACCAACCGUCCAGGGCUUGCAAGCGUACGCCGUCGCGAAACCGAUGCUGGGCUUCGUGGACGUGCUCUACGCCGACGACGGCCUCCGCGUGACGCGCGGCAACCGCGGCAGCCUCGUCGUGACGCAGCGCGUCCGGUAGGAUCCGCGCGAGUUCAUUUUCCACGCGGGGCCUAAGGCGGUGUCCAUACUA